UUAACGACAUAAAAGUUAAUUUUAUUCGUGCAUUUUUAUUUAUUAAUUUAGUUCGUAUUAAAUAAGUAAUUGAUUAUUUCAUUCAUAAUUAUUUUAUAAAAUUUGUUGUUCGAAUUAUCUUUUCGAAUGUUAUGCUACUAAUGAGCAUGUUAUAUUAAUAUUUACACCCUACAUAAUGCAACCGAAACCAGAGUCGAAUACUUUUUUCCUGUCUCUCAUCGCCGCCAAAAAUAUCAUAUUUCUGAAAACAAAAUUCUAAAAUAACAUCGUAGAAGAUCGUGUUUAUAGAAAACCUGUUGAUGCGCGUAUAUGUGGUAUUAAAAAUCAUCAACCGCUAAGGAAACGAAAGAAGAAUCAAUGUAAUUUUGAUACAGUGAUCGCAAAAUUAAUCUUAGUCUGCGCAUCUCUUUUAUUAUAAAUUAUAAUUUUUUACUCUCAACAAAUUUGCAUAUAUUAUAAGCAGAAUUUUUGAACUUUUAAGGCGUUUUUUGAAAUAAUUUAUUAAAAAAAAAAUAGUUCUAAACAGAUGAAAAGUAAAUUGAACUAAUAAGUCCUAAGCAGAGCUUUAAAAUACAACGAGUUUAAUAAAGUAUUUAAAAUAAUUAUAAAACGAAAAGUGAGAGAAGAUAAAACGCAAAAAAUUGAAAAUUGUUAGAGAAUGCAAAAUAUUGAAAAUUGUUAGAGAAUGCAAAAUAUUGAAAAUUGUUAGAGAAUGCAAAAUAUUGCAAUUAAUGUGUGACAAAUCCUUCAGUGAUAACUAAGGCUUUGAUAACGAGACAAGACAGCUGCCUUAUAGUUCAAACAUAUAAGAAUUAAGUGAUUAAGAGGAGAUGAUAUCAUCGUAUACAAAAGGCAAAUUACACUGUCUUAUACAUAGUACUGUUGUCAGAUUCCUAGCAAAUAUGUCUGAUAGCAGGAAAAUAAAAAUCUGCAACUUAUAAGAAGUUAACUCAUUGCUGAAUCAUUCAGUGUAAUCACAGAAGUUUCACAGACUACAUGAAAAUAAUUUCAUAUAAUUUGUGAGUAAGCACUGUGAGGUAAAUAGUAAUUUAUCAUAAAACGUGAAUAUACAAGAUACUGAUCCGCUACAUUAAACAGGAAAGUAAAAAGCUAAUAAUAGAGAUGAUAAACAACCAACAUUGUGUUAUUUUAAAUUCGGGAGAGACCAAUAGCUAUCAUCAGCCGGUCUCUGCUAAACCUUCUGUUGUUUCUGUGUCGAGUAUUGAUUCAGAUGUAAGUGAUAGGAGAGAUGUACGUGAAGAACUUUAUGCUGGAAUUUUCAGAAGACACAGGAAAACUAUACUUGUAUUAGGAAGUUUUCUCAAGAUGCUGAGGAGAUACUUGGACAGAUUGCAUGCUCUGAACCGAGUAUAUGCCUUAAUUGCUUUAGAGUUUGAAAUUGUUAUACAACAAAAAUUUUGGUAAAAUUAUAAAAUUCAAUUAAUUUAAUAUGCACUUUAUACUAAUUUUUCAUUAUGAUGUCAGUAAUCAUAAAACAUAAUUUCAUGGUAGAGAUUCUUCCUUAUUGUUUAUUGUACACCUCAUUGUUUGACGACUAGUGGGGAAAGUAGAUUUUACUAACAAUUUUUCAAUAAAAAAACACUUUACACAAACGAACGAAUGAGAGAGCAACAAUAAAUAUUUUUAAUUGUGCGAAAGUAACUACUACUGCCGAUUGCAUCUCAUAUACUUCUUUACCUGUAUUUCUAUAAAAGUUAACGAUACAAUUUGAAUAAAUACUUAAUAAUGGUUAGCUUUUUUGGAAUGCAACUGCAUUUACCGUUAGUACUGUGGUCCAUGAGCUUAACAUUUAUCAAAAAUAUAAUUCAAGGCACAUGAUAAUAAGAUUCGUACAUUACAUUAAUGUAUUGCCGCAAGUAUCAAAUCAAUGCCUUAUUGAUCAACGGUUUCAUGAACUAAUAUUUUCAUUAAUCGAUGAUUAAUGUUUACUUCUAACUUAAAUCAUUCUCUGUUAUCUAUAUCUACAAUGUUUGUACAUCUGGUCCCUUUAUAUCAAGUACUGCCAUUAGAAACUACACUGUGGUACAAUAGAUGCAAAUAGGGAGUAGCUUGAGAAAAAGUAUGUUUAAAUAUUUCAUAGUUUAAUUAAUUCAAACUUUUAAACGAAAAGCAUUCGAUAAUUCAAUCGUCCUUGUAUUUUAGCCGAACCAUUUACUGUCGUAAGACUGAAAAAUGUGCUUUUUUGGGACUUAAAAUGUGCCAUAAUAUGUAUUAGAAAUACAUUAAAUGAAAAAACUUUGACUACUUUAUGCUGUUACUAAUUUUUUCACUUUUUAUUAUUCUUACUAUCAAACAA